AUGCGAAUCGGUGCAUCACCACUUCGGACAUCGCAUCCCAACCCCAGCGACGCGACGCUUUUGUUUCCUUUCCAGCUCCGCCCUGCACCUGGCGCAUUGUAUUUGACCUUGUGCUUUGAUAACAUUGUUAUCUCUGGAUGUGGUUCUAUUGAGCAACCCGGCAAUAAUCCCUUUUAUGCCCUGUCGCUUUGCUCGCUCUUUUCGAAUCUGGCUUUGACGACAUCAUGA